AAAAGACCGACUCGUUCGCGAACGUCACAUGUCUAUCCCAACAGUUGAAAGGUGAAUGAUACGAUGCAGAUCGCUGCAGAGGAUGCUUCUAGGAUUAGUUCAAAUUCAUGAUUUAGACCUACACAAUGGAAGAGACCAAAGACAGCUUGACAUUCAAAGGUGUUGCUGAAAGACUGACGCUUGGUAUUACCCGAAUAUUAGAGAACAUGCCUGGUGUGGUCGAUGUGCGUUUUGUAGAGAGGGAGCCUGCAGAAAAGAGAAGCCUGCUGUCGUGGGAACAGAAAAACACAUGUAUUUUGCCUGAAGACCUGCGAGACUUUUAUCUGACAACGGAUGGAUUUACACUAACUUGGGGCGUUAAAUUAGACAAUGAGUGUGUUUCCUUGGGAUGCAUGAUGAUCAACAGCGUGGCCAGGCUUUGCCCACUCCUGCAGCCAGUAUCUUUAUUCUCUCUACCCAAUGCACCCUCACUGACCGACCUGGACUGGGAGGAGGACAACACAGAAAGUGGGAAGCGGCAUGCUCUUGCUGCACCCCAUUUUGAUUCUCGGAGCCGCAUCUUCGAGUUGGAUACCUGUGGUGGGAACGGCAAAGUGUGUCUAGUCUACAAAAACUGCACUCCAGGUGUGGUGGCCCAGCAGAGUGAAAUCUGGUUCCUUGAUCGCUCACUGUGUUGGCAUUUCCUGACAGCAACCUUCACCUCCUACUACCGUCUGAUGAUCACCCACCUUGGUCUGCCUGAGUGGCAUUAUACCUUCACCCCAUAUGGCCCUAGCCCCCAGGCCAAGCAAUGGGCAUCUCUCUACCAGCCCCUGACUUAUAACAGUGAUCUCAGCUUGCCUGAUCUUACUGGUGAUUCCCAUCUCAACAAGCUGGAUCCGACAAAAGCAUUCAGAGGCAAAACAAAAGUGCCCAUCCCCAAAAAAAAGCAGUCGGCACAGUGCAGCUCAGGAGGCCCUGCCAAGAGCCAGGGUGGCACAGGAAGACAUGUUGGUGUAAAACGGUGAGAGCAUCCUGGAAUUCAAUCGACUGUGCUGUCUGUUCAACAAAACAUCUCAGAGGAGCAGUCUGCAAGUCUGUAACUGGGUGGACUCUGACCUAGCUGUACGUCAGACGCUUGGCACUUCAUGGGACCAUUCCACCAAUAGCCUACUUUGGAAUACUGCAUGUCUAAAUGGAUACAUAGCCUGGGGUUUGGUUGUGGUACCAACCUAUGGAGGUAACGUGGCUUAUGUGUUAAAGGUUUCAUGCAUUAAGAAUAAAGUCUUCCUCCGAUAAGGUAGUUAGAAGAACAAUUGUUUUUUUCAUACAUUUCCAAUUACAAGGGACAUCACUGUAGUCCUAAUAAUCAUAUGCUAACAUACAUUUCUCUGCUCUGUGUGAGUGAUUAAGAAAAGAGACUUUUCAGUGGAUUUUAUCACAAAUACUUUAAUUUGUCAGUGCCUCCUUGACAACAGUUCAACCCUAGUGACAUCUAGUGGUGAAAAUAAUUCAAAGUAACCAGCUCAUCACAUCUUUUCAUGUGCUGUUAAUAGCACCAAUAAUAAUGUGAAGGUAAUGCAGUAUUAUCAAACUCUACCACUUCUGUAGCCAAUAAGGACUCAAUUGCACUCAAUAAUGACAUUGCUUUAGUUUCUAUCCAAAGUUAUUAGCACUAGGCUUGAAUGUAAAUAUAUCACUAUACAACAAAAACAUGUAUAUUUAAAACUUUAGAAUAAUCUAAGAAUGUGUUAAUUGCAAAUCUCUUUCAUGUUUACACGAAUAUACAAUAGAAGAAAACAGAAUGAACUUAAUAUCUGACUGAUUCUUUGGUCAGUGCUUGUAUCACUUCAUGCAUGUUUCUAUAACUAGAUUUUAAAAAAGGCUAAAUUGAUCACAUCAUCCAGAAAAUGUUCCAGUCCGGAUGUUGAGAAGCUGCAUAUGUACUUGACAGACGACUCAGAGCUUCAGCAUCAAACGUUGGUCAUUUUAAGAAUGCAUGGAAAUCUGAACAAUAAAACAUUCAAUUAUCACAGGUGGGCAAUAUAACAUCAAGUUAAUCAAGUUAGCAUCAAUCAAUAUAGAACUUCAAGACAGGCAUCAGCACUCUUUACUGGCCCUUGCAUCACUGUAGUGAUGGUAUGUGUUUCUGUAAACUUCACAAACUUAAAAAAUGAUGUACUUAAGUUACUGAAGUGUGAUUUUUGUAUGAUGAAAUUCUGACGGUGUGAUUGCUGAGAUUACUUGUUAGCUUUAUCCACCAUGGGCUUUUUAUUCCCAAAGUUAAAAUUUACAGCUUAGCAGAUCCAACAGCCUUUUUUUUUAAACACCCAGUUGCUCUUUCAGAGGUAAUCAAGCCAAAUUCACAGUUAUUGGUUGUAGGCUACUGUGCACUGGAUUUUUGAGAAGAAAAAAAACAUGUUUAUUAUCUUUGAUUGUGCGGCUGCCCUUUCAAGCUGAGAGGAGCCGACUCCUACUGUUCCUAUUUAAUUUUCCAAAAGACACACGUUUAUUUAGAGUGCUACAUAGGGCCACAUAUUUUCCUUAUAUGAACUGUAGUUUCAGACUCCUGUCUGACUCCAGUUGACUGUUCACAGCAGAGGGAUAUUCAUGAUGUUUUUAAAGGUCAUAUCUGCUACUGCUACUUCAACAUUAAAACAAUGAAUCAAAGUCA